UAACCCGCUGCCGGGCAGGCAGCACCAGAGCCGCGCGACGCCGCCGUCCCGGAGAGCUUUCUCGACAGCACCGCCCGCAGCCGGACCACGCGUUCCCGCAGCCUCGCGCCUUUCCCUCGAGACGGCGGACGCCGGACGAUUGGGGCGGCAGCGACUUGCCAUUUCCUUUUUUUACUAAAAUUAUUUUUCCUGUCUAUUGCUGGUUUUUUGUUUUUGUUUUUGUUUUACGAUUUUUGUUUAGCGGAGAAAAACCCACCGAAGGCGUUUGCGUGACGUUUCCGGGAUACAGGAGCCGAGACCACCGAGGCAGCCGCGCGGGCCGGUGCACCGCCAAGGACAAAAGGAGCCCAGUGUUCACCGCUGCACCCUCUCUUCCUCCCGGUGCCAGCAUGAAGAAAGCCGAAAUGGGAAGGUUCAAUAUUUCCCCGGAUGAGGACAGCAGCAGCUACAGUUCCAACAGCGAUUUCAACUACUCCUACCCCACCAAGCAAGCUGCUCUGAAAAGCCAUUAUGCAGAUGUAGAUCCUGAAAACCAGAACUUUUUACUUGAAUCAAAUCUGGGGAAGAAGAAGUAUGAAACAGACUUUCAUCCAGGUACUACUUCCUUUGGAAUGUCAGUAUUUAAUCUGAGCAAUGCGAUUGUGGGCAGUGGAAUCCUUGGGCUUUCUUAUGCCAUGGCUAAUACUGGAAUUGCUCUUUUUAUAAUCCUCCUGACAUUUGUGUCAAUAUUUUCCCUGUAUUCUGUUCAUCUCCUUCUGAAGACUGCCAAUGAAGGAGGGUCUUUAUUAUACGAACAGUUGGGACAUAAAGCAUUUGGAUUAGUUGGAAAGCUUGCAGCCUCUGGAUCAAUUACAAUGCAGAACAUUGGAGCUAUGUCAAGCUACCUCUUCAUAGUGAAAUAUGAGUUACCUUUGGUGAUCCAGGCAUUAAUGAACAUUGAAGAUACAACUGGAUUGUGGUAUCUGAACGGUGACUAUUUGGUUUUGCUGGUGUCGCUGGUGCUCAUUCUUCCUUUGUCCCUGCUGAGAAAUUUAGGAUAUUUGGGAUAUACCAGUGGCCUUUCCUUAUUGUGUAUGAUGUUCUUCCUGAUUGUGGUGAUUUGCAAGAAAUUUCAGAUUCCUUGCCCUGUGGAAGUUGGCUUGAUAAUUAAUGAGACCCUAAACAGCACCUUAACCCAGCCGACGGCUUUUACACCUGAGAUGGUAUUUAAUAUGACGGACAAUGAUUCUUGCAGACCACGUUAUUUUAUCUUCAACUCACAGACUGUCUAUGCAGUUCCAAUUUUGACCUUUUCAUUUGUCUGUCAUCCUGCUAUCCUUCCCAUUUACGAAGAACUCAAAGGCCGCAGCCGUAGAAGAAUGAUGAAUGUGUCCAAGAUUUCAUUUUUCGCCAUGUUUCUCAUGUACCUGCUUGCUGCCCUCUUUGGAUACCUGACAUUUUAUGAACAUGUUGAAUCAGAGUUGCUUCAUACCUACUCUACAGUCAUGGGAACUGAUAUUCUUCUUCUCAUUGUUCGUUUGGCUGUGCUAGUGGCUGUCACCCUGACCGUACCAGUAGUCAUCUUCCCAAUCCGGAGUUCUGUAACUCACCUGCUGUGUGCAGCAAAAGAUUUCAGUUGGUGGCGUCAUAGUAUCAUAACCGUGUCUAUCCUGGCAUUUACCAAUUUGCUUGUCAUCUUUGUCCCAACAAUUAGAGAUAUCUUUGGUUUCAUCGGGGCAUCUGCGGCUGCUAUGUUGAUCUUUAUUCUGCCAUCUGCCUUUUAUAUCAAGUUAGUGAAGAAAGAACCUAUGAAAUCUGUACAAAAGAUUGGGGCUGUGUUCUUCCUGUUAAGUGGCAUAGUCGUGAUGACCGGAAGCAUGGCCUUGAUUGUUCUGGAUUGGGUACACGAUGCCCACGGAGGUGGCCAUUAACUGGUGCCGCUGAAACCCCGCUAGUCCACUUGAUGCCAGUGUUGAGUCAACUCUCAACUUACUAUGAAAUUUCACCUAAUGUUUUCAGUUUCACUUCCUUUUGAAGUGCAGAUUCCUCGCUGGUUCUUCUGAGUGCAGAAUAAGUGAACUUUUUUUUUUUCUUUUUAAAGAAACUAUUCUGUAUGAUAGAAAUGGAUAUGAACAACCAAACCACGAGUCUCGGGUUAAUGGAAGUGACAAUUUUAUUCCAUUCCAGAGAAUGGACGAACUCUUUAACUUUUAUCAAGCCACAUGGUUGGCUGUGUCAUUGUUUAACUUGGAUAUUUUAUGAUUUUACUUGAAUGUGCCUAAUGGAACCAUUCGAUGUGAGAAACAAUUCUUAUUAAUUUACAGCAAAGUAUUGAAAUAACCAUUGAGAAAAACACUAUUAUUUUUUUGUACCAAAAAUAUUUUAAGACCUCAGAAGCACUAUUUUACUUUUAAAAAAAGUUGCUUUCUUUUUAAACUUUAUCCAAAAACAAUUGUCAACAAAUUCCAUAAGAAAAAACCAUUGGUGUUUAAAAACAAAUAUUAGUAUGGUGAAAUGAUUUGCCUUUUUGUAGGCAUAAUAAGCCAAAUACUUUUUUUAACCCAAAAAAUUUUUAGAGAAAAUGAUGUAAUGACAAAUUGUACCAUGAAUAGGAGCGUAGUUUUUUCCAUUCAGACUUCACCGUUAAAGAAUAACUGAUGGAUUAUAUUGCUAUACCAAA